UAACGUCUCGCUUCAACAAGGCAAGAGAAGGAAACGGCGAAUGUCAAACCAGACACGUUCUGGUUGCGAUAUGUAACUAGGAACUAAAUACAAAAGCUCGACAACACAGCACGCGUCUGGCAAAACUAGAGAGAUGAUACCUGAGACUUCUGCUCACCUGUUUUGAACCUCCGCAAAACCACCAAACCUUCUCCCACCCAACACUUUCACUAAUACUGAUCUGCCUUAGAUCCAUCAUCAACUCUUCUCUGGUGUUGAUCUAGACCACCACCAAACACCCACCAUGUCGGAUCCCACUGACCCCAGAGAGGAGAUCCUAGAAUGGCUGACCAGCCUGCGUCUGCCCCAGUACGCUUCCGGAUUUCACCUGGGGGGCUUCCAGUGCCUGGAAGACUGCAGGGGGCUCAAUGAAAACCGCCUCCUGGAGCUCCGAGUGUUCCCUACAGGCCACCGUAGACGAAUCCUAUGUAGUUUGGAAGCCCUAAGAUUGGUGGUGGAAGAGCCAGGGGAAGAGGAAAAGGAGGGGGAAGAGAGGGUGUGGGGCCAGAGAAUGCCCGUCCCCCAACCCAGACACAUCUUCAUGACAAAUAAGAAAAGGGUGACUUCCUGCCAGCCUAGUGAGAGGGUAGAGCAGGCAAGAUGGGACGGGAGGCAGACCAUACACCCUGGGGCUGGCUUAGCGCUCUCCUCUUCUGUCUCUUCAAACCCUAACACUUCUAUAAAGGGGUCUCUGAAACCACCUCGGCCGACACCGCGUGACCCACUCAACGUACGCACCACUUCCUCAGCUUCGAACUCCACAUCUGGCAGCUGUGAUUCCCUCUCCGUCUCCUCCCACUCUGGAGAGGUGCCCUCUGAUUGUGAGAUCUCCUCUGAGGAGCCCUCCCCUUCCUCUACAGACCUCUCUCCUGGGCCUGACCGUGUCCUAUCUGGGAAAAACCAAGAGCUUUACCAGGGGAAGAUGGUGGAUAAUGUGAUCUAUGAGAGGGGCCCCAGCUUGAAGACACAAGCCAAGGGCCCCCGGCCCACCCGUUCCUACAGACUGAGGCACCGGCCUGUUCCCGGGAUUCCUGACCAGGUCAUCCCACCCCCGCCGGACUGGAGCUUGCCGCCUCUAACAUCCACAACCGACCUUGAACACCUUCCCUGCGCCCAGGUUCCCGGCGGUGCUAACGGCAACCAGAAAGCCCCACUGCAAAGAACGUUGUCUCCCAUUUCUCCCUAUGGAGAAACAUUCCUAUACAACAACCCAGAGAACAUACUGGACCAGGGUACUAAAGAAUUGUUCAAGAAAGAAAUCAAAGAGAAUGUCAAGCAGAAGAAGCCGAGAAAGAAGCAUGGUAAGAUCAAGGAGUCCAGUAACAAGACACAGGACCCUCCACCUACUUCAAUGGUCCACAACCUCUAUGAAGAUGACUACUCUAUAGUGGAAGAGUGCACCACCAGUUGGGAACUAUCCAAUCAUGCUUGGCCUAACGCUGCUACGGCGACCCCGGAGCCCCUCCUCUCCGGCUCCCUGCCCGGCCCCGCCCUCUCCCAGGUCGUUCCCAUGACAAUGGUGGUGUGUGACCUCUACUCGGAGCCCUUUGACACGCUGGGUGGUCUAGUGAAGAAUACAUUACCCGUGUUACCCGCAGACCACGCGGAUAAUAUCUCCCCUUACGCCUGCUUCUACGGGGCCCCCAAGACCAAACUCAAGAUGGGGUGGCUGGACAAGCUCUCACCGCAAGGAAACUGUGUCUUUCAGAGAAGAUGGGUGAAGUUUGAUGGAGAGAACCUCUCUUAUUACAACAAUGAUAAGGAGAUGUACUCUAAAGGCCUGAUCCCAUGCAGUGUGAUGAAGCAGGUGCGAGGGCAGGGGGACAACCGCUUCGAAGUGGUCACCUCCCUCAGGAUCUUCGUGUUUCGGCUGGAGAGGGAAGGGGAGCGUCAGGAGUGGAUGGAGGCUCUUCAAACGGCCAUACGCUCCCCUGCCUCCAUUUCCCAGAAGCCCCAGAAGUGUGGCACCAACAAACAUGGCAGCAUAGAGCUGAGAGGGUACAAAGGCAAAGUGUACGUCUCCCUGACGGGAACCAGAUUCAAACUGUGCAAAUCAGAACAGGACUUCAGAGCUGGCCUGGGUAUUUCCCUCAUCGACCUGACUGCUACUAACGUUAAAGAUACAGACAGGAGGCUCUUCCAAAUCAACACUCCCUUCAGAAACUUCUGCUUCACGGCCGAAUCGGAAAGGGAGAAAGAGGAGUGGAUUGAAGCAUUCCAGGAAUCGAUAGCCGAAACGCUCUCCGAUUAUGAAGUGGCCGAGAAGAUCUGGUUCAACGAGUCCAACAGGAUCUGUGCCGACUGCCGAGCGUCGCAGCCCGAAUGGGCCUCCAUCAAUCUGGGGGUUGUCAUCUGUAAGAAGUGUGCAGGUCAGCACCGGUUCCUAGGCCCGAGCCUCUCUAAAGUUAGGAGCCUGAAGUUAGACAGCAGUAUCUGGAGCAACGAGCUGGUGGAGCUCUUUCUGGAGGUGGGAAAUGAGAACGCCAACAGCUUCUGGGCGGCCAGCCUGCCCCUGGAGGAAGAGCUUCACAUGGGGGCGUCGCCCGAGCAACGGGCCACUUUCCACCGCAGGAAGUACAGAGAGAGGAAGUACCGGAGGGUCCUGGGAAGCCUUCACGACCAGGAGCAGCUCAAUCAGGCACUGUGUGCUGCUGUGGUUCUACCUGAUGUGUUAGAGACCAUGUCAUUGGUGUUCAGUGGAGCUGAUGUGAUGUGUGCUACAGGAGAUCCAACCUACUCGACGCCCUACCUUCUGGCCCAGAGGGCAGGGCAGAGACUGCAAAUGGAGUUCCUACACCACAACAAGCUCUCAGAUUUCCCCAAGCUGGAGUCAUCCUCAGAGACCAGUUCUCCGUCUGAUGCUCCGUCCUUCAUGGACGGCUUCCUCUACUGCUCCGCCGGUCCGGCCAAGGCCACCCUGGACAGGAGAGGCAGAGACGACAUGGUGCGACGCUGGUGUACUCUGGAGGGGGGCUUCCUUAGCUAUUAUGAGAAUGAACGGAGUCCCAUGGCCACCGGCAGAGUGGACAUCACUGAGGUGGUCAGUCUGGCCGUCAACAACACAGAGACCAUGACUGGAGCUGGGGCUGUGUUCAUGGUGGAGACCUACCUACAGUCAGACAGAGUGUUCUUGUUUGGCGCCAAGACACAGGAAACACAGCAAGACUGGGUCCAGGCUAUCGCCAAGUGUUUCGUCCCAUCUAAUGUAGAGGCUAUGUUGAGGAGAGACUGCGAGCUGAUUGGUCGGCUCUACUUUAAGGAAGGUCAUGACCUCUACCACUGGAGGGUUGGUUGGUUUGCUCUGGAAGGCUCCGCCCUCUACUUUAGUUCCGGGGAAGAGGAGAGCACACUGGGGGUCAUGCAGCUCAAACAACUACAGGAACUCACUGUUUCCACACAUGUAGAAGGUGAGGAGAGGAUCCAAGUGCUCUUGAUGGUGGAGGGUGGAAGAACUGUGUACAUCCAUGGUUUCAACAAAGUGGACUUUGCGCUGUGGCACUCUGCGAUCAAAUUGGCCUCUGGCACGGACGGCAGGGCUCUAAGCAACCAGCAGCUGAGUAAAAAGGGAGUCCCCAUCGUUGUGGACAGCUGCAUAGCUUUUGUCACCCAGUACGGUCUGUGUCAUCAGGGGAUCUACAGCGUUAGUGGGGACCCGGGCCGUGUAUCCCUGCUCCUGGGGGCCUUCAGGCAGGACGCCCGCAACGUGAAGCUCCAUGUCCUGGAGCACCAGCUGGAGGACGUCACUGACACCCUGAAGACCUUUCUGUCCCAGGCCGAGGACGCCUUGCUGACCAAGGAGCUCUACCCCUACUGGGUGUCUGCACUAGAUGAGGAGGAUGAGAAAAGGAGAGUUGAGAAGUACUCUAGAUUUAUCCAGAGUCUUCCCAAGAUCAACAGAUCCACCCUGACUGCUCUGCUGCAACAUCUCUACAGGGUCCAGAGGUGCUCCCAUAUCAACCAGAUGCAGACCAGAGACUUGGCCUGUGUGUUCUCCUCCUGUCUCUUCCAAACCGAGGGACAAACCACACCAGAGAUCAGUGUGGUCCAAGACCUCAUCACCAACUAUGUACAACUUUUUGGGGUCAACGAGGACCAACUCAAGCAAAUGGAGAGUGAGAACAGUUUCAUCACACGAUGGAACGACAAGAAAGACACCACAUUCUCUCCGGCCGGGGACUUGAUCUUUGAGGUGUACCUGGAGAGGAGGGAGCCAGAGGACUGCUGCUUAAUCAAGUUGUCUCCUACCAUGACGUCAGACGAGCUGGCAGAGUCCACGCUGGUUACGAGGAACGUGGUCAUCAACCCGGUCGACCUCUGGACCACGUUCGAGGUCAUUGAGAACGGAGAACUGGAACGCCCAUUACACUUCAAAGAGAAGGUUCUGGAGCAGGUGCUGGAGUGGAGCACUCUAGACGACCCCAGCUCCGCCUUCCUCGUCAUCAAAAAGUUUGGAGAACACAAAAUGGCAGACACUCUCCCAGGCAGGAAGCAAAAACAGUUUAUGAGAGGGGAACAGGUGAAGUUCAAGGAUGGAUCGUCCAAGCUGCUUUCCGGACAUAAAUUCCAGGACAGAUAUGUCAUCCUCCGAGAUGACAAGCUGCUACUGUACAAAGAGAUGAAAAGCACCAAGCCAGAGAGAGAGGUCCCACUGAAGUUAGUCAAGUGUUACCUCGGACUGAAGAAGAAGCUCAAACCACCCACCAGCUGGGGUUUCACCGUCUACACAGACAAACAGCAAUGGCAUUUCUGCUGCGAGGGGAAGCAGUCUCAAAUAGACUGGGUGACAGACAUCAUCACGAUGAAGCAUGGAGGAGACCUCUGGUCAAAGAGCAGAGCUCACAGCAAACCUGCAGUUCAUAAAAGCAUGUCAGCAGCCCAGCAGAGUCCACAGAACAGAACACAGAACACACAGAACAGAACACAGAACACAGAACACAAAACCAGCAAAAACCCCUCAUCCAGAAAGCUGUCCCUGAACAUCAGCACACCUCCCAGUGAAGAUGAGAAAACAAGGAGUAGCGAAUAUUGUGGCAGUCUCCAGCACAAAACAGCCAUAGUGGCUAAUUGCUUGAAGCAGAAGGACCGACUCGUGUCCCCCGGGACUAGUCAGAGAAAUGUUUCAGCGGGGGUGAUCCAGCCCCAACGAUGUCCCUCUCCACACCCAGAGCCCCAAGCCCCUCAGAGUGGCGUCAACAACCCAAACAGGAGGCCCCUUCUGAUGGGAGAGGGGGGUCUAAUGCCCCCCAACCUCCUCAACGAACUUAACUCUGUGCUGAAUAAGACUGGCCGUAGCGCCAAGCAGGAGAAGAGCUGAUGGAGAGAUAGAGAAGCCCAGAGAAAAGAAAAAGAUGAAAAUGUAAAGUGAGGCUGAGAAAAAGAGAGUGCAAGAAAGAAAGGGAAUGGAAGAUGAUUAGAAUGAAAAACAGAGCGACAUGGAGACAGAAAGACUGAGCGAGACAGAAAUACUGCAGAGACAGAAAGACUGCGGUGACAGAAAUACUGAGCGAGACAGAAAGACUGCGGAGACAGAAAGACUGUGGAGACAGAAAGACUGCGGAGACAGAAAUAUUGAGCGAGACAGAAAUACUGUGGAGACAGAAAGACUGCGGAGACAGAAAUACUGAGCGAGACAGAAGGACUGUGGAGACAGAAAUACUGAGCGAGACAGAAAGACUGCGGAGACAGAAAUACUGAGCGAGACAGAAAGACUGCGGAGACAGAAAUACUGAGCGAGACAGAAGGACUGUGGAGACAGAAAGACUGUGGAGAGAGAAAGACUGAGCGAGACAGAAAGACUGCGGAGACAGAAAUACUGUGGAGACAGAAAGACUGUGUAGACAGAAAGACUGUGUAGACAGAAAGACUGCGGAGACAGAAAGACUGUGGAGACAGAAAGACUGUGUAGACAGAAAGACUGCGGAGACAGAAAGACUGAGCGAGACAGAAAGACUGUGGAGACAGAAAGACUGUGGAGACAGAAAGACUGCGGAGACAGAAAUACUGCGGAGACAGAAAUACUGCGGAGACAGAAAGACUGUGUAGACAGAAAGACUGUGGAGACAGAAAGACUGUGUAGACAGAAAGACUGUGUAGACAGAAAGACUGUGUAGACAGAAAGACUGUGGAGACAGAAAGACUGUGGAGACAGAAAGACUGUGGAGACAGUACGACUGAAAAAGACAGAAAGACUGAGCGAGACAGAAAGACUGUGGAGACAGAAAGACUGUGGAGACAGAAAGACUGCGGAGACAGAAAUACUGCGGAGACAGAAAGACUGUGGAGACAGAAAUACUGCGGAGACAGAAAGACUGUGGAGACAGAAAGACUGUGUAGACAGAAAGACUGCGGAGACAGAAAGACUGCGGAGACAGAAAGACUGAGCGAGACAGAAAGACUGCGGAGACAGAAAUACUGCGGAGACAGAAAGACUGUGGAGACAGAAAUACUGCGGAGACAGAAAGACUGAGCGAGACAGAAAGACUGAGCGAGACAGAAAGACUGAGCGAGACAGAAAGACUGUGGAGACAGAAAGACUGUGUAGACAGAAAGACUGCGGAGACAGAAAGACUGCGGAGACAGAAAGACUGAGCGAGACAGAAAGACUGAGCGAGACAGAAAGACUGUGGAGACAGAAAGACUGUGUAGACAGAAAGACUGAGCGAGACAGAAAGACUGUGGAGACAGAAAGACUGUGGAGACAGAAAGACUGCGGAGACAGAAAUACUGUGGAGACAGAAAGACUGUGGAGACAGAAAUACUGCGGAGACAGAAAUACUGCAGAGACAGAAAGACUGAGCGAGACAGAAAGACUGUGGAGACAGAAAGACUGAGCGAGACAGAAAGACUGUGGAGACAGAAAGACUGUGGAGACAGUACGACUGAAAAAGACAGAAAGACUGAGCGAGAGUGAAAGAGAGUCAAAGAGAGAAACUUUAAAAAAAAAACGUGAAUAAACAAGUUGUCAUUCUCUUCAAGAGGGACACUUGGACCGGUUAUCCAGGAGGGAAAUUAGAGUUUGGAGUGGAAAACCGGUCCAAGUGCUAUUGAUGGACAUAUCAUGGGAAACUCCAGGCCGAACAACACACUAACACAGUCAUUUAUAACAGUUCUCAAGCCCGUCCAGAUACAUUUCUACAUUGUUACCUAUGCUAUACCAAAUUAAUUAUAGUACUAUAUCUAUUCUGUUAUUGCAUUAAAACAUUUAUUUCCUGGUGACAUACUACAUACUACAUGCUACAUACUACAUACUAUAUGCUACAUACUACAUACUACAUGCUACACGCUACACACUACAUACUACAUGCUACAUACUACAUGCUACAUACUACAUGCUACACGCUACAUGCUACAUACUACAUACUACAUGCUACAUGCUACAUACUACAUGCUACACGCUACACACUACAUGCUACAUACUACAUGCUACACGCUACACACUACAUGCUACACACUACAUACUACAUACUACAUGCGACAUACUACAUGCUACAUACUACAUACUACACGCUACAUGCCACAUACUACAUGCUACAUACUACAUACUACAUACUACAUGCCACAUACUACAUACUACAUGCUACAUACUACAUACUACAAACUACAUCCUACAUUUUUAUAUUGUACAGUUGUAUAAUACAGUGCACAUUGUAUGUCCUGUUCUUUGACUGUAUUUAUGUAUAAAAUACUGUCUCUAUAUUUUAUGCAUAUUAGGAAAUGGGGGACACUGUUAACCCAUAGUAUUCGAUAUGUACAGUAUAUUUAAUUACGUAGUAUUUCCUUCAGAAACGACUUGAUUUCAAGAAAUAUAUAUAUAUACGAAUACAGAUCAAUUCUUAUUCAAAGAUCUGUUAUAUCGUUUGAGUGCCAGGGCAUAUGCUUUUCCCAAAUGGGGUUUGAACCCAUUCAAAAAAGCCCCCCCCCAAAAAAAAAAAAACAAAACGCCUCCAACUUCUUUUCCUGUCGUUAUUUUAUUCAUAGACCUCAUCAAAGGGUUCUUUUUUUUAUUGUAGUAAAAUGUAAAAAUAAACUCUGCGUCUUAAGUCAUCCGCUCUCCUUAUUGAAUAAUGUAUUUCAGUCUAAAAAUGUUUAUGCAUUGUAGACGAUUGUCACCCAGGUUCUCCAUAAAAAAUUCAUCUCAACAUUUUAUUCUGAUUUUUUUUUCUCCCCCCACAACAUAACUGCCAAUUGUCCUUUUGUUCAACAUCUUAUUAUCUUUUUAUUUUAAUCAUGCGCCGACUGUGACUAUAUCUCAUUAAUAACAUGCAUUUUGUUCUCACAGUGUAAAUACCUGUAUUUUACUGGGUCUGUGACAUUCAUUUCAUUAAGAUAUUCAUUUCAUUAUGUGGGCUGAAGUUAUCGCCCUAUUGUAUGACGGUAAUUUCAUAACACUGGCUUCUCACUGGUUCUGUACAGCGUGAUCGUUUUGUAAAUGAUUUCGUCCUAAAUCAAAUCAAAGUUAAUUGUAGUGUACAGAGUUCAGGGAAAUGCUUACUUGCAAGCGCUCCUCUCAAAUACACUAGCUGUCUUUGUUAUAUUCGCAGUUUGUUUUGAUUCCAAACCACUUGUAUUACACUAAAGCCUCUUUAGCUAUCUGUU